AUGAGUCGUCAAUGUCCCCGAUGCAUUAUUCUUGAUAACGAUCAAUUACUUGAUACUUAUAUAUCUGAUGGUCCGAGCCGGACCCCAUCAUUCUGCCCAUUAUCUUUUAGCCGAUCAAUUGGUUCGGUAAAACAAAAACUCUGGCAAACAAUGAGCGAAACUUUGAGUGUGGCCAGUGAAGCAAAUGUUAAGGCCAAGACUAUCAAACAAGAGUGGCAGGAGUUCAAGGGAGCUUUCACAUCCAUUGCGGGAUUCAAGAAGUUUGCAAUCCUCGAAAACUCGUCCCGGCUCGCCAACAAAGACCUGCGUCCAGUUCCUGAGCAGAACCGGACCUGGGCAUGGUGGAACUUCUUCGCAUAUUGGUUCAGUGAGUCCUGGGCCGUAUCCACGUGGAGUUUGGGAAGCUCCAUGGUUUCCGGUGGAAUGACGGUCAAAGCGUCGAUUUUGGUAUUCUUCUUCGCAAACGUGUUCCUGGUGUUUUUCAUCGUUUUGAACGCAAGGGCAGCCAGCAUGUAUGGCAUCGGCUUUUCCGUCUUGGCUCGGACUUCGUUUGGCAUCUAUGGCCACUACUUUCAGGUAGUGGUAAGAUCGAUUCUGGGAAUCAUCUGGGGAGGUGUACAAUUGUAUUAUGAGGGCCAGUUCAUCUCCAUCAUGUUCAGAUGUAUCUUCACCAGUUGGUGGACGUUGCCCAAUCACAUUCCUGCUUCGCAGUACACCGACACCAAGACAAUGGUGGCAUUCUUCCUUGCUUUUUUGAUCACCAUUCCUUUCACGGCUCUGCCUACACACAAGCUCAAACACAUUUUCUCCAUUAAGUGUGUUCUCAUGCCAAUGGCCGGAAUGGGUGUGGUUAUCUGGACGUGCACUCGCAACGGAGGUGUUGAUACUGGCAUUUUGGUGGAACCCGCGGCCAUGUCGCAGACCGCUUUUGCCUUCUAUGUGUUGUCUCAAUGCAACUCCAUUUGGGGAGCCACAUCCGCUUUAGUGGUGACAUCGCCGGAUUUGACCAGAUUUUCUAAGACCCCUUCUGCACAAAUCUAUGGAAAUAUGCUCGCUCUACCAGUGGCACAACUCAUUUGUGGUUGUUUUGGAAUUUUGAGCACUGCUGCCGUUUAUGAAAUGUGGGGAACUGCCUACUGGAACCCAUAUGACCUGCUGAAUGCCAUUCUGGACCAUCACUACAACUCAAAAGCCCGCGCCGGUAUCUUUUUCGCAGCAUUUUCGUUUUUCUUUGCAACACUGGGGACAUCAUUGGCGUGUAACAUCAUGCCUUUUGCCAUGGACAUGUCGUGUAUUGCUCCUAAGGUGAUCAAUACUGUUCGUGGUCAGCUUCUUUGUCUUGUGGUUGCAUUUGCCAUUGUUCCCUGGAGAAUUGUUUCCACUUCUAACGGAUUUCUGACGUUCAUGAGCGGCUACAGUAUCUUCCAGGGCAGUGUGGUGGGGGUCAUGAUUGUGGACUAUUUCAUGAGAAAGGGGAACAUCAAUCUUAACGAUUGCUAUCGCACUAGCAGAUCUGGUUCCUAUUAUUACUUCUACGGGAUCAACAUUCGGGCCUUUUUCGCCUUUAUCGCGGGCUUCGUGGUGCCUCUUCCAGGUUUCAUUGGAACCUUUGGAACGACCUCGGUAUCGACUGCUGCCACCUACAUUAACGAUAUGGGUUGGUUAAUGUCUCUGUUGUUCGGAAUAGUUGCCUACUUCAUUGCGUGUGUGAUAUUUCCUCUUCCAAACGUGGACAAGUCUGCUCCGUUCGAGUCUUACGUUAACCAUCAACCGGUUGAGGAUUUGUCGCUUUCCAGUGGAAAGUCCGACAUUGAAGCCCAAGAAAAGGAAGGGGCCACGUUUGGUGUUGUUGAGGUUUAG